AUGAACCUUUCGGCAGUUGGAGACAGCGAUAGUGCUCCCCAAGGUGACAUACAUCAGACUCUUCUUAAGGGCGAUGACAAGCCAGCCGCUUCUGGUUGCUCUACAACGGCCGAGGAGGAUGAAAGUGUGAGUUUUGACAUUGAUGAGCAACCACUGUUUCCCUCCUGUCCGUACAGUUGUGCCGAUGGUGACUUUCUUCACUUGUUUCGGUUUGUCAAGCAGGAGGAAGCACGCUCAAUUCACUGUUACUCCUCGUGGACUGUGCGCGGCGAUGAUGACUCCUCCCUCGUCGCGUACGUCGAGGUAGAGGAUGACGAGAAGUGCUUCACGCUGGGGUUUUGUGGAGCCACAGAGCGCGUUGUGGGAACAUUUCUGCAGUACUUUGCGAGUGGGCAAACGAUGCAUCCAACGGAUACACAGGAAGUGCGGAGGCUCUGCAUAUGUCCGUGGCAUCGACGAGCUGUUCUUCUUGCUGUUUUAGACGACCAAAUAGUCUCUUGUGUUCAACUACCUUCCGCAGAGUGUUGCCGGACGAGAAGUGUCAAGGGAAAGGCACAGCAGCGGCAGCAGCAGCAACAGCAACCUCAAAAACAACAAGAUGAGCAGUCGUGCGGAGAGUCGGAGUCUGGGUCCGCUGCCGUGGAUGAAUGGCGUGUGGUGGUGGAACACAAAGGUCGGGGUUUUGUGCGCUUCUAUGCCGUCGAGCGGCGCAAAGGCUCAUGUUACUGCGAUGCCGCCUUGUCGCAGCUCAGUUGA